AUGAUUGAACCACCUUAAGGUCCUAUUCCAAGAGAAGUAGCCAAAUGGUUAGAUUCAUUAGAUUUGGCCUAUUAGGUUCGUAAUUUCAGGAGAGAUCUAGCUAAUGGUUUCAUCGUUGCUGAAAUAUUAUCCAGGUACUACCCUAAAGAAGUUAAUAUCUACACUGUAUAUAACGAAUAGAAUCUGGAUAAAAAGCGUGAUAAUUGGGAAUAGAUUUCAAAGUUAUUGAAGAAAAAGGAUCUUCAAGUUCCUAAAGAUGAAUAUGAACCAAUUUAUUAUUAAGCUCAUAACGAGAUGCAGCAUAAGGUUGCGUAGUUUCGUCUUUAAAAUUUAUGA